GACUGCUGACGUCACGCCGGCUAGGCGCGUCCGGGACUUACUCCCUUCCGCAGGGCAGCACCCAGGGAUGUGAGUGUUGCAAGGUGCGAGAGGGGAACGCCGCGGGAAGCGCAUGUGCCUCAAAUUCCUGCCUUUCCUCAAGAGAAGAGCCUCCAGGAGAAAAGCCAGUAUUGCUUGUGCUCCUAACAACUUGUCUCUUGAGAGGCUGAUCAUCAGGGGUUCACUUUCGGAGAAGCUGAGAAUGCAGGCUGAACAAGGAAGAGGAAGGGGAAUCCUGCAGGGAUGAAUGAGAGGACAAUGCAUGUGUGAUGUUUGUGAGCACACACACACAGUAACCUUUCCUAGGAGAACUUUAUUACUCUAAUGAUAAUCACCUUUGCGGAAAAAAAACUUGUAAGUAUGAAUUUGGUGUUACAAGCAGCAUUAAUUCCAGCCAAAUAUCACUCAAAAUGAAACAUGGGAGAGUUAACAUGCAGAAGAAACCUUCAAAGUGUAGUGAAUGUGGAAAGUUCUUUACUCAGAGAUCAUCUCUUACCCAGCACCAGAGGAUUCACAGAGGAGAGAAGCCCUAUGUGUGCAGUGAAUGUGGAAGUUGUUUCCGUAAACAGUCAAAUCUUACUCAACAUCUGAGAAUUCAUACCGGAGAGAAACCUUAUAAAUGUAAUGAAUGUGAGAAAGCCUUUCAAACAAAAGCAAUUCUUGUUCAGCAUCUGAGAAUUCAUACUGGAGAGAAACCCUAUAAAUGCAAUGAAUGUGGAAAAGCCUUUUGUCAGAGCCCAUCCCUUAUUAAACACCAGCGAAUUCAUACUGGAGAGAAACCGUAUAAAUGUACAGAAUGUGGCAAAGCCUUCAGUCAGAGCAUAUGCCUUACUCGUCAUCAGAGAAGUCAUUCUGGAGAUAAACCUUUUAAGUGUAAUGAAUGUGGGAAAGCCUUUAAUCAGAGUGCAUGUCUCAUGCAGCAUCAGAGAAUUCAUUCAGGAGAGAAGCCCUACACAUGCACUGAAUGUGGUAAAGCCUUCACUCAGAGCUCUUCCCUUGUUGAACAUGAAAGGACUCACACUGGAGAGAAACUUUAUAAGUGUAGUGAGUGUGAAAAAACUUUCCGCAAACAAGCACACCUUAGUGAGCAUUACAGAAUUCAUACUGGAGAAAAACCUUAUGAGUGUGUUGGAUGUGGGAAAUCCUUUAGGCACAGUUCAGCACUUCUUCGACAUCAGAGGCUUCAUGCUGGAGAGUAAAAUUGGGAAUAUAAUGAGUAUGGGAAGAUUUGUAUGGAAGCACCUUUUUUUCUCCUAAAUUCCUAGGAAUGUAAGACUCAGUCUGUAGCUAGUAUGAAUAUUUUGUAUUUUGAACAAGAAAUGUUGUGUCCUAAUGUGUCCUAGUCUGGAGUUUGAUGCCUUAUCUGCUGCUCAGUGGGUGUAGCCUUAUCCCUUCUGAGCCUCAGUUUCCCCAUCCCCCCCAAUAGAAAAAUGGGGAUAUUUUCUAGGGUUGUCCUGAGAAUAAAAUGAGUUCUGUGUGACAGUUAACUGCCUUUAAUUAAUUAGCCAUUCUAAAAGUUUAUUUACAAUAUCAAAAUCUGACAAGUAAAUCAGUAUUGUUGUUUGGUUCUCAUAAUGUAUUAUUUCUUAAGAACAUUUUGUAAUUGGGCUAUGAUUUUAUGAUUAAUCUACAGACGUCUACUUAAAAUAUAAUGUCUUGGUUUAAAUAGGAUAAUACAAUCUAAGACUGGUUUGUCCUUGAGAAAUUUCAGAUUUAAUCAAAGAAAAAUGUACUGAUUGGGAUUUGAUUGGAUGUUGUGGGGUGUAUUUCUGGAUACCCUCAAGAUCUUCAUUUAAAUUUUGAUACUUUCUAUUACUAGAUCUAAUUUGACUUUAAGCUCUAAGUUUCACUUUUCCAUUAAACGGAAAGCCUCCCUGACGUUAACUGAAUAAAACCUCAUGUUGUGGGACUUCUGUGUUUGUUUAGGGUUGGCAGCAGAUGAUUAGGAGAAGGCAUAUGACAGUAGAGAGGACUGGAAUAUAGAGGAGAAUAUAAGCAUGUAGAUGAGGAUGUGGCUGUAUUUGUUUUGAGUUCUAGGAGCACAGCACCAAAUGUGGUCUCUUAAGGGAAGAUGAGGGUAGAAGAUGGUAAGAUCCCAGGUUCCAGCAAGUGAUGCCACUGACUAACAACUAGCCACUUGUCAAAGGAAGGAGAGAACAGUGUCUUGGGGAUGCUGAUGGGUUGGAGUGCCUAAUGGCUCGUUAAAAGCCAUAGAAAAGCGAAGAAAUCAAAGGAUACUUUUGAUGGAGUUUUAGGCUAUGCUAAGCUCUUUAAUGUAAACAAGCACCUCUAAUGCUAAAAGCACCCUUGCAAGAAAGGUAGGAGUUACUAUUCACAUCCUAGAGUCAAGGAAAAAGAGAAGAUGUUUGACUUGCUCAAAGUCAAGCAGGUAAUGUCACAAUUGAAUCUCAAAUCUAUAUCUUUAUAGAUUUGCAGUUCUGGUUUAUAUAAUACCAAAGUCACAUACAGGUAAUUUCCCACCAUUGAACCUUCCUGUUGGUGUGAGAUGCCAAAUCUGUGAAAACCAUUUUUAAAAAAGACAUUUCUUUUUCAGCUUAAUGUGUACUUAUUGAAAUACACUGAUAAAAUUAGAGAAAUGAAAGAAAUUAUAAUUGCAUGGUUUCAGCAAAUAGUCACCUUAGUGUAUUUAUUCUAGCCUUUCUUUUCUGCAUAGCUCUUUUUUCUUCCCUUUUAACAGUAAUUAUACUUGUACUAUAUUAGAGUACUAUAGCCUGCUUUUUUUUUUUUUUUUUUUUGAGACAGAGUCUC